AUGACAACACAAGCAAUUGAGGACUUCGAAGCGUUUCUCGAGGACGAAUUCAAUCCAACCAAGUUUUCCGCCUCGCUUCUCCUAGCAACGAAUGUUGCAGACGACUCCGAGCUCGACUUGGCCACGCCGAUCAAAAAGCUCCAGUUUGAUGCCAACGAAUGUGAAUCUCGGAUGGAGCACCUUGCACGUACACAUACAACAGAGCUUGUGGACAGCUUUUCCAACAUAGAAUCGACGAAAGCAGUCAUGCUGCAGUCUGUGGCUCCUCUGGUCGAAAGAGUCAAGAAGUCAUAUGCCCGAAUCGAGCGAGAGAUCGUGGAACCUUAUAAGGAAGCUGCCAAGCUCAAUGAAGCACUCGAAAAGAUCCAUACUACAUCUACACUUCUUCGAGGAGCCUGUAUUCUUAUAAUGUUCAUUCAGCAGCUCCAGGAGUGUGAGGCAAGUGGGACGGACUCCGUGAGGAUGGCUAGAUUGUACAGCUUAAUGAAUCAGUUUUACACUGGGAAACUUCUCCUGAACUCGGCUGCUGCUGGUGAUGUGUUUUCGUUAAAGUUUGUGAAGGAGUAUCAUCCGGUUUACAAAUCAAAGUCGGCUGAAUUCUUGAAUUCGCUUUCUGAGAAAGUAACAAACGACAUUGCCCACCAUAACUCGUUCAAGGAAUCCAACACCACUUUGAGAAACAACAUAUUAGCAUUGUACACCAUGGAUAGUAAGGAGUUGUUUGUUGUAUUGGACAAAGAUGCUCUUUCGAAGUCAAUUCAGAUCGCCUCUACUCAACUCUCGAGGGCGUUGCAGUCCCCACGAAGUUUUGGCUCCGCUUUGGAGGAUACCUACCAGUUUGCUCUACUGUUUAAUGAAACUUUGGAAGCAUUGCUUAGAGCUUGCCGCAUAUCGGAUGACAAGCUGUUGUACACGGCUUUCGUCAACGAGCACCUCCAGGUUGAGUCCUUACGUGAUGUCUAUUGGGACCGCUUGGUGAUGAAAUUCAAAAAAAGCAUAGCAACCACAAUGGCUCGUGGUGGGCCCAUUGCAAAGUCCCUUGUGACAAAUUACCCAAGAAUAGCCAGUGCCGUGGAGUCUACUUUUGAGCCAGACCUUCGCAAGAUUCUACUAGACGCCAUUGUCAUUAUCGAUAAUGCUCCUAAGCAAUAG